UAGCCGCCCUAAAAUUAGGAAAGAAAGACACGGAGAGAGUGAAGCGAGGCCAAGGCCAGAGCGAGAGAGACAGAGAGAGAGAGAGCAACACCACAUUGCCAUUUCUCUCUCUCUUUUCAAGUCUCAAGAGAGGGAGGGAAAAAAAAUAUCUAAAUUGGAAGAAGUACAGCUCCUCCAAUUCGGGGCCUCCUCCACUCUCAGAUGGUCCAAAAACCCCCGUCCCAUUCCUCCUCCUCCUCACAGAAGAAGAGCUACUGCGUGCUGGGAAAUGGCAUCUACGGAGGAACUGGAGGAAGGGUGGUGACGGUCCCAAUUCCAAAGCAGCGGCACGACGAAGAGGACGACGACGAAGAAGAGGUAGUGGCGGAUCAUCAUCGUGAUCUUCCCCUGAAGCUCCAUAAGCGCCUCUCUUCGUCCGCUCUUCUUCACUUUCCCUUCCCCGACCUCUCAAAACCCUUCAAAGAUUUUAUGAGGAGUAGAGAAGUUGGUGAGCUUGUUAGUGGUGCUUUGGCAGGGGCUAUGACGAAAGCUGUUCUUGCUCCUCUUGAAACCAUCAGGACGAGAAUGGUUGUUGGUGUUGGGCCCAAGAGCAUUACUGGGAGUUUCAUUGAUGUCAUUGAGCAGCAAGGUUGGCAAGGGCUGUGGGCAGGCAACACAAUCAACAUGCUUCGGAUAAUACCCACACAGGCAAUUGAGCUCGGAACAUUUGAGCAUGUCAAACGAACAAUGACAUCUGCUCAAGAGAAAUGGAAUCAGGCUGACAGCCCAGUGUUGCAAAUUGGUCAUGUCAAUUUGAAGUUUUCUCUUCCCUGGCUCUCUCCGGUUGCUGUGGCAGGAGCUGCUGCUGGAAUUGUUAGCACACUUGCCUGUCAUCCCCUUGAAGUUUUGAAGGAUCGGUUGACUGUAAGUCCUGAAGCGUAUCCUUCUCUAGGAGUUGCACUGAGUAAGAUUUACAAGGAUGGUGGAUUAGGUGCCUUCUAUGCUGGUAUUUCACCUACACUGAUUGGCAUGCUUCCCUAUAGCACGUGUUACUAUUUCAUGUAUGACACAAUGAAGAGAUCUUAUUGCUUGACAAAGAACAAGAAGUCUUUAAACCGUGCUGAGAUGCUUCUGGUUGGAGCACUUUCAGGUUUCACAGCUAGCACGAUCAGUUUCCCAUUGGAGGUGGCGAGGAAACGGCUGAUGGUGGGAGCUCUGGAUGGUCGAUGUCCACCCCACAUGGCUGCAGCACUUUCGGAAGUCGUUAGAAAGGAAGGUUUGCUGGGCCUUUACAGAGGCUGGGGUGCUAGUUGUUUAAAAGUAAUGCCCAACUCAGGAAUCACCUGGAUGUUUUAUGAGGCUUGGAAGGAUAUAUUGCUGGUUGAGAGGCGCCACCUAUAAUUAAAAACUUGAAGAAGAAAUAACUGUUUACAGGCGACGACUUACUACUACUCUGCUGACAGAUUCAAUGGCGGCAGCCCAUAGACUGGUUGUCCUUGGUUUGCUUUGUUGGGUGGAAGGUUUGUUUUUGGUCUUCCAUCUGAAUUUUGUAACCCCGAGCGAGUUUCUGAUUUUGACCGUGCUUUCACCUGCUUGGGCUUGCUGCCAUGACGCUACAAGAAAUUUACAAGCUUUGUGAACAAAUAUAUACAAAAGCAUGCAUGCAUGUGUGCAUUUUUCGCUUAAAUUUGUAGUGCUAAUAAAUGGUAAUGAACUCUUUUUUUUUU